AUGGCGUUCUCUCUUCCUAAUAAUCCAUAUUUCUCAACGUCACCUCUAGCAGAUGUAGCCGAGUUCAGACAGAAUCUAGUUUCACGAAUUUUUGGACGACCUCAGGACUAUGAUCUUUCGCUCACACCAUCUCAAUCACCUGAACUAUUUCGUAGAUCUGAUCCAAAUCCACCGAAAACUCAAUGUACACCUAACAAUUUAUUAAAUUCGCCAGGUUGGUUUCAGCAUGCUCUUGCAUCCAGUCUUCAAAUGGGCCUUUUAUCUCUACCAAGAUACAUGCUCAAGGAUAUUUACUUACCACCUUUACCUCCUCAACCUCUUAAUAUGCGAUUGCCCCGAGCUACUAAUGUUCAUGCACCUUUUGAACCAUCAGUACCGGAAGUAAAACCAAAGUUAACUAGUAAAUCUGUAUCUCGACCAGAACAUUCUCGUUCCUCUUCAGUUAAUGAUUGUGAAAAUUUCUUUCUUACCUGUCAUCAACCUCCAGUCCGACCUACAUUAAAAAAACAAUCCGAGAGACCAAAGACAAAUUGGGGUUCAAAUAGUACUCCUAAUACUCCUGUAUCAAUUGAAUCUCAAGAUACUGGGACAUUAGUUCCCAGUCUCAUUGACGGUGAAGUCAUAAUGGGAUUUAAUGUUUGGGGUGAAAAACGCUUAUGUUUACCACACUUAUUUCGUUUUGUUUUGCAUGAUGUGGAUUUACAAAUCAUAGAUAAAGCAUGUACAAAGCUUCAAAUAGCUUGUACAACCUGUACUCCAGCUCAAUUAAGUUUGCUACAUUCACGUCAAAUACUUCCCCGUACCGUCGGUAGCUGUGGCCUUAUUCGUAAAAGUGAUGCAGAAAGAUUAACCAAGUAUAUUCGUCAUCAAAAUAUGUGUCUGGAGGGAUCUAAUUGUGAAGAGAAUACAACAUGUAAAUCUCCAGUUAAUCCUCAUAUUGGUGAUGAUUCUGAAAUGAAAUCUGCUAGUAGUAUGAGCUUCCCUAAAGACUAUCGUCAAUUGAGCCCUGUUUCAACGGAUACUUCUAAAUCAACUAAAUCUCUAGAUAAUGCACAAUCAUCAUCAGAUCGCUUAGAUUCUGGUCAUGAUGAGAAUCAACCGGAGAAUAGUUGUAAAAAUCCUAUGGAAUCUAGCGUCAUCCCAGUAAUACAUGAAUGUUUUGGACGACAAUUAGGAUUAAUAUAUCCGAAUAUGUAUAGGGAACCUUAUUCGAAAUGUAUCAAAUGUGUCACAUGUUGUCGAUAUUUUUCUCCGGAACAAUUUGUUGGACAUACACAUACUGUUACGGAAGUGGACAAUUUAAAUCAUUGGGGUUUUGAUUCUACCAACUGGCGAUGUUAUCUUCGUUUGUACACGGGUCGUCGGCUAAAUAUGAAUGCUAAUUCUAUCCUUUCCAAUAUUAAUACUGUACGUGAUAAUGAAAUUGUUGGGAAAUCUAAUCUCAAAGAACCUGUGGUUGCUGUUGAUGCUUAUCGCCGCCUAGAAGAAUUUAAAAUUAAAUUUGCACAGCCUAUUAAACUACCCCCAUCUUUAAGUGCAGCUUUACGAAGUGUAGGAUUAUGUGCAUCGGUGGCUCCAUUUCCUUCCGGUUCAACGAAUUCACAACGUUCCCAAACUUCGGAAGCUUCAAUAUGUGAACAAAUUUCAGCGUUGAUACGGAAAACUAGUCAAUCGAAAACGCAUCAAUUUCUCCCGGUACGACCAAAUAAACCAAUUGAUCAAACAAUAACAAAUACUUCAACUAAUUCAGCCUCAAAUCAAUCUUCCCCUUCUAAUGUUAUACUGCCCCAGUUAACAUUGCGUCGUUUAUGGGCACCAAACGAUGGUCGAAUUAAACUUCCACCUCCACCUAGGUUAUUGACAAGCUGUGAAAUAAAAUCUCUUCCAGAAAAGUUUCAUACUGGACCUCCAUUAUUAUUGCAUUCUCAUCGUGUUGUCACUCAAGAUGCUGCACAUCAUUAUGAUCGUGAUUUUAUACCGAAUGUUUGUUUAAAACCAUUCAGUGGAGCUGAUAAUAAGAACAUUUCCAGAUCAUCAUCAAGUCGACGACGUCGGCAUAGACGUUCACUGCGUAAACAAUGUGAAGGGGAUUCUAUGCAAGAUUCCAGAUCGCGUUCUUGCAGUGAAUAUAGUUCAGGUUCAAGAAGUAGUCGAACUCGAAGUUCCAGUGCUAGCAGUACUAGUAGCAGUCGAUGUAGUUGCAAUAAAAAUGCUAGAAAUGUAGAUCUUCCAGAUUUCCGGUGGAAUCAAAUUAAUCAACACAAAGCAUCUUGUAAUUGCACUCAUAAGUCUAAUUCUCCUAAGCGCAAUGCUCACAGAACUGUUAAUGAACUGAAAUCAUGUGAUUCUAUGUGUAUUAAGAAGAAUGUUUCUUCGUAUCCAACUUCCAACUCAUAUUCACCUAGAUUCCGCAGGGCACGUUCACUCAGUGUAAGUGUCAAAAAAUGCAACAGACUUCGAAGGACAUCCUCUUGUCCAGUGUUAUAUUCUAUCAGACAAACAAAUAAUGUGGAUAACUUUAAAUGUUUAAAUAAUAAGCAUAAUAGAAGAAAAUUGAUGAAUCCAACGCCAACUUUAGAAACAUAUCAAAAGAAGUCUGCUCCACCGCAAUUAGAUAAAAGUGGAAUAAAACAACGAUACAAAGCAAUGGCCGCUGCUCGAGCUGCACAAGGUGCAGCUAGUCGAACUGGUCCAGGAUUAUGGGCACGACAUUUUACUAAUGUACAGAAUUCUAGUGGAGAUUUUAUGAAAUUACCAAAUGCCAGACGAUCUAUGCCGCAUACAAUCGAUAAUCAUAAUCCUUAUUCAAAUCCAAUGAAUAACAACACGCCAGUCUUAGUGACAAAUCCAAUGAAAAAUAGUUUGCCAGCUGCAGUUUUAGCAUUAGAAGCGAUAUGGGCCGAUUUAGUUCGACUUAUCAAUGAAUAUACCGUUGCAGUGGAAUCAAGAUCUGGUGUAGAUGCAGCACGUCAACGAUUAUUUGAACAAUUCAUAUCUAUGCAAACAUGUUAUGCUACACAUAUUGCAUCGUUGAUGGAUGAAAAUCAAAAAUUGCAUGAAAGGCUUACACAGACUCAAAAUCAAAUAUUACGAUUUCAACCUCAAUUACAAGGCUUUAUUACAAAUAAUAAUAAUAAUAAUAAUAAUAAUAAUAAUAAUAAUAAUAAUAAUAGUAAUACAUCUGUACCAAUUCUGUUGAAUAAUGCUCCACUUGGAUCAUCAUCAUCAUCGUGUCAACCGCCAUUACCGCCAACCAUGACAUCAACAACUCCGACUGGAAAUCACCAUCAAUUUCAUCAUUUCGAUAUGGAAUUCGAUAACAAAUCCAUGUUGAACAACAGAUCAGACGAUGUAUCAAGUCAUUCUGUUAUCCAGAACAAUAGUAAUACUAAUACUAGUAAUAAUAGUAAUAAUAGUAAUUAUUAUUAUAACUGUAAUAAUAACAAUAACAAUAGCAACAGCAACAACAACAAUCUGACUCGUUUAGCACGAAAUGAUUUUUCACCUUUGAUUGUUGAUCCAACACGAAUUAUUUCGUCCAUUAACAAACUCAGAUCAAUGAAUUCUGGCGAUGAGACAAAUUUGAAAAUGCCAACUGUUUCUGCUGUAUCUAAUCCACAGCAUAAACAACAUUUCAUUCCUUCGAAUAAUCCAAUGAUAGAUUCCAUAAAUUCAUCAUCUAGACACUUAUCUAUGACAUCAACAAUGUUAUCGUCAAAUUUAAAACGUAAAAUGAAUUCAUCAAAUAAUUUAGAUUUAGACAUACAUCGUUCCAUUUCUUCAUGUUCACUGCCCGCCAUACAGGAUCGUUUAGAUUCUAAUGUUUGUCCUGAAACUAUUCAAUUAUCUAGUAAUACAAGUCCUUUAGAAGGUGGCCGUAGUCAUAGUUCAUCAACUCCAACCGCUUCGGAAACCGAUAGUUUCACAAGAGAUCCUGUUGAUGAUCCAAGUGAAGAGAUAAUAAAUCAUUUGGAAUUUCAACAUCCCAAUCCUCGUUUAACCAUUGACAAUGAUACUACUGCUAACACUACUACUACUGCUACUACUACAACAACGGAAUCAAGUAUAUGGACAAAAAAAUUGUCAUCAUGUGAUAAAUCUCCGAUCUUGUGGGAUCAACAUCAGAAUUCAAUGAAAAAUUUGAAUGAUUUAACAACUAAUUGUAUUAUGAGUAAACAUCGUGACACAUCGAUAUUAGAUACAACACCAUCUAAUCAGACUAUUUAUUCACAUCAACCAAAAAAACGGCGUACAUUGAAUAGUCAUAUUUCUGCCGCCUCAAAUAGUAAUAAUAAUAAUAAUAAUAACAAAUGUAAUAAAUAA